GAAAUUUGUGCUCUUAACAAAUUCUUAUCUCUUCCAAGCCUGACAGUGAGCACCUUCACGACUGGAUGCCAAUUGCAUAUCUUCGAUAGUCAAGGAGACUCAACAACCGGCUCUCACCCUUACGAUGCAGACCAACUGCAAUGCAAUAAAUCUACGAACCUCUAGAGGCCUUCACAGGCGCGGGAUAGACUCAAAGUUUGCUGUUCGUGGCAGCUAUGUCACGACUACUAGGCGGUCACGUUUGCAGUGCGUGGCGAGCGAUGCAGCUGUUCGCUUCACAACUAAGAGAGGGGUGGCAUUUGGAGAGGUGCACAAAAUCGUGGGAGGGCAUCCUAGCCUAGGCGACUGGGAUGUCGAUGCAGCCCCGACCAUGGAGUGGUCGGAUGGGGAUGUGUGGAGCGUGGAUGUCAGUGUGCCAGCAGGCAGCAGCCUGGAAUUCAAGUGUGUGAAGGUGGGUAAUGGGCAAAUGGAGUGGGAGGGCGGCGGCAACAGAAACUUCCAGGUGGAGGGAGGGGAGGUGAAGGUGGGCUUCGAGUGGGGCAAUGAGGGCUCGCUGCAUGUGGAUGCUCACGCGAAUGGCGCGUCACCGCCAGAGAGCCGUGCCGACAGCCCGGCACCAGCUCAGGAGCCCGAGCAGAGCAGCCCUCCAGAGGGAACGCCUGGCAACGGCGCCAGCCCGGGCGACGACAGGCUGCCACAUCAGCGGUGGCAGGGGAAGAGCACGCGCUUCAUGCGCUCCAACGAGCACGGCGGGGAUCGGUCAGGGGUUUGGAACAGGGAGGGGCUCGAAGGCGCUGCGCUGUCCAUUGUGGCAGGCGACGAAAAGUCUGGCAGCUGGCUGCAGAAGAUGCAAGUGGCCAAGAGCUUCAUUUCGACGGGGGCGAUCGAGUGCGUGGAGGGCGGCGGCCACUACCGCCCCAACAAGCACGCUGAGCUGGCACGAGACAUCUUCCGCGCUCUGGAGCGGCUGCUCGCCGAUCCCUCCUCUGCCCGCGAGCCCAAGCUGCUCGCGCGCAAAACCCACACCAAGCUGCCCUCGUUCAACGCAGAGUUCACAGCCAGCACGCCGCUGACUCGCAUUCGUGACAUUGCCCACCGCAACGAUAUCCCCCACGACCUCAAGCAGGAGAUCAAGCACACCAUCCAGAACAAGCUGCACCGUAACGCCGGCCCGGAGGAUCUGGUGGCAACCGAAGAAAUGCUGGCGCGCAUUUCCGCGCCGGACGCCGGGUACUCGGGGGAUUUUGUGAAUGAGUUUCGGGUGUUCACCGGGGAGCUGCGCGACUUCUUUAACGCCGGCUCGCUCGGGGAUCUGCUGAACGCGCUGCGGCCGUCCAUGGAUGACUCGGGGAACCAGGUGCUUGACAGGUUCUUGGAAGCCAAGGGGAAGGUGGACGCGGGCGCAAGUGCAAAUGCAGAGGAUCAGGAGAACCAGACGAUUGAUGCGCUGCACGCGCUCACCUCGGUCCGCGCGCUGCUCAUCUCCGGCCUGCAGAGCGGCCCGCGCAACGAUGCUUCGGAUGACUCGCUGGCGAUGCGGCAGCGGUGGCGCCUGGCGGAGAUCCGCUGCGAGGACUACGCAUUCGUGCUCCUCUCCCGCUUCCUCAACCACCUCGAUGCCCGGGGCGGCGCGGAGGGCCUGAGUGAGUCAUCUGCUGACAAGGCGUGGUCGCUGCCGCUGGGCGCCGCAGUGUUAGCAGUGCGCCAGCUGGGACUCAGCGGAUGGGAGCAUGCAGAAUGCUUUGCGCUCGAGAACGAGCUCGGCGCCUGGCAGCAGGCCGGCAAGCUGGCUGAGCCCGUCAACGCGCUCAGGCUGAAGGCGAGCCUGGAACGGCUGCAGCGGCUGACGCAGGGCUAUGCCGAUGCCAUGCUGGCCAUCUUUCCCGACCGUGCCUCCAAACUAGGCAGCGGCCUUGGCCUAGAACCGGAGCGCGUCACCGUGUUUACGGAGGCUGAGAUCCGCGCGAGUGUGGUGUUCCAGCUGAGCAAGCUGGUGACGCUGCUGCUGAAGGCCGCCCGCAUCAACACCGGCGCCGGUGCAUGGGACGCCCUCGUCGCAGGUGAGGUGGUGGGUCGGCUGUUGGAGGUGGAGAGGCUGGAGCCCGGCGCGAUUCCCGAGGGAACCGAUGACCCUGUAGUGCUGCUGGUGCGCUCGGCCAGCGGCGAUGAGGAAGUCGGCGCGGCAGGCGCGAAUCUCAAGGGCGUCAUCCUACGCCAGUCGCUGCCGCACCUCUCCCAUCUCGGUGUAAGGGCGAGGCAGGAGAAGGUGCCCUUUGCCACGUGCGAGGAUGAGGGAACCGUGGAUGCUGAGGUCAAGCCUCUGCUGGGCUCGACGGUGCGGCUCUCUGUCAGCACGGAGGGCGUCACAAUAAAGGCCGAGGAAGCCGGAGCAGCCGCCCCGGAAGCUGCCGCGGAAGCUUCCGGACAGCCGCCGACGACGGCGUCCACAAACGGCGCAGGUCCCGAAGAGGAGGGCGGCAUUCGAAAUUCGAUAAAGUCGCUGUCCGGGAAGCUGGCGGGAGGGGACGCCAGCAACGGCGCUGCCAAGACUGCGCCGGCCGCCAUCGAAAAGGUGAGCAAGGCCACGGUGGUGCCCUUGGAAAAGGCGACGGCUGCCAGCUGCGGUGCAAAGGCGUCGGCAUGCGCACAGCUGGCACUCGCAGCCUCCAAGGCCGGCUUCAGCACACCCGCUGGAGUCUGCCUCCCCUUCGGCAGCAUGGAGGCCGCCAUCAAGGAGGCGGGCAAGUCGGCGGACUUUCAAGCCUUGCUGAAGGAGGCGGAGACUGCCAAGCUGGAUGGCGGGGCGCUGGACACAGUCUGCUCCAAGCUGCAGGCGCUGGUGGAGGGCCUUGAGGUUCCUGCAGCCGUCCUCAAGGAAGCAUGCGGCGCAUUUUCUGACGGCGCAACGCUGAUCGCGCGUUCGACCGCCAACGUGGAGGAUCUGGCCGGCAUGUCAGGCGCAGGGCUCUACGAGUCACUCGCAGGCAUCCCCGCGGCCGACCCUGAAGCGCUCGGAACGGCGGUGAAGGGCGUCUGGGCGUCUCUGUAUGCGCGCCGCGCCGUGCUCAGCCGCCGCGCCGCAGGUGUGGCGCAGGCGGACGCAGCGAUGGCGAUCCUGAUCCAGGAGCAGCUGGCGAGCGAGUACAGCUUCGUGCUGCACACGCGCAGCCCAGUCGAGCAGGAUCCCAACCUGCUGUACGCUGAGCUGGCCGCGGGCUUGGGGGAGACUCUGGCCUCCGGCACUCGCGGCUCUCCCUGGCGCCUGGCUGUGAACAAGCAGACUGGGGAGGUGAAGACGCUGGCCUUUGCAAACUUCAGCUCAGCGCUGACAGCAGGCGCGCCUAAAAAGGUGCUGGUGGCGGCCGGAGGAGGUUCGCCAUCGCAGACGAGCCACUCUGCCAGCGCAUCAGGCUACAAGCCAGUCAUCCUCGACUACGGCAAACAGGCGCUCUCCACCAGCGAGGAGAAGAGGGCCGAGGUUGGGGAGCAGCUGGCAAAGGUGGGCAAGGCGCUGGAGGAGGCUUUUGGGGGACCACAGGAUGUGGAGGGGGCUCUGAUUGGCACCGAGGUCUAUAUUGUGCAGACUCGACCCCAGCCUUAGGAGUGAACUUGCAAAUGCAGCUUCACUGCACGUGAGAAAUUUUACAUCCAAAUUUAAUAACCCAAAGCACGGGGUGCAAAAGCAAUGGAAUGUUGCCUUGCAUUGACAUGGCAGCAGCCAAGUGCUGUUUGGAUGGACAAGAGCAGGGCAGCAGGCUGAUAGUCUCCAUGCAACCUCUAUACAGGGUCCCAGUCAUUUGCCAGAGAACUGUGCUGAUCGUGUAGCACUGGACGGCAAGGGCUCUAGUAGUCCCUGGCACUCUUCCAUUUGUCUGCAAGGAAACGGGCGGAUGCCUUCUUGGUGCGCUUCUGCGUCUCAAAAUCGACGUGCACCACACCAAACUUCUUGCUGUAACCGUCUUGCCACUCAAAGUUAUCUGUGAGAGCCCAGGCAUCAUAGCUCCUGAUGGGUACCUAACAGGCAUGCAAAGAUUGUUAGAAACAGCGUUGUCAGCAUAAGAAGCAUUACAUUUUCAGGCCGGAGCGCUCCUUGUCAUCAAUGCAAGGUGAUCCAAUGUACCACCUUUUUCACGUCAGCCAUAAGAAUGAGCUCUGGUCAAAAUGUCAAGCGCAUGCUUCAUCAUGGAGAUUGGGCACACACCUUGUCGUAGAUAACUGCAGCAAUGGCAUGAUCGAUGUAAUCGCGGAAAUAUUCG